UCUUACAAAUUACAAAAAAUAAAUCUGUUGCCAUCUGGUUAGGAGGAGGAUCCUUUCGAACAUGUCUGCUUGUGAAAGAUGAUUUCUUUUUAGAAUUUUUGUUUUUUGAUCUUCGAUUAAUUCAAAAUGAGUGAACGGAGUAUUAAGAUAUCACCUUACAUGAGUAAAGAAUUCAGCAUUUUAAGCAUUUUAAAAGAUGUCGAAUGGACUGAACCCUGGAUAAUAAUCUUAAUGAUGACACAUGGUUUUAUUACAUUUCUAACAUUAGUUACUAGACAUCAUGGAAACUUUCAAGCAGGAUUCUUUUGUAUAUUAUUAUUACUAGUGUAUUUCUCUGAAACACUAAAUGAGAUUGCUGCAAAAAAUUGGAAGUAUUUUGCCAGACAUCAGUAUUUUGAUAGCAGUGGAUUAUUCAUAUCCAUUGUUUUCUCUACACCAUUACUUUUAAAUUGUCUUGUGAUGGUUGGCCAAUGGCUAUGGACAUCCGGUAAUCUUAUGGUAAAAUUAAAACAAGCCCAAUUGAGGAAAGAAAUAAAAGAAAAAGAACUAAAUAAAACAUCAUCUAUAAAAGAUGGUGAUAUUUUAAAAAAGAAUGAAUGAGUUAGUCAGUUUUCUCUCUAUUAAUAAUACUAUUGCCUAGAUCUAAUUUGCCAAUUAAAGAACUGCUACUAUAAAGCAGAUCUCAAAAAAUAUCAUAUACAUUUUAGAUGUAUAUUAAAAAUACACUUAUUAUUUUUUUUUUAAUGGGAUUGUAGUGGCUGCCUUUCUUAAAAAAUGAAAUGUAUGUAAUUCUAAUUUUGUUUUCAAAUUUGACAAUAUUGGAUUGUUUCAAUAUACUAAAACUUUAUAUUCUAUUUUAGAAACAUAUUUUGCAUUUUUAAAAUUAUUUUAAUUGUGAAUA